AUGAGUUCAGAAGAGACUGUGGAUAUUUACGAAGAGGUCCGAAAGCAUGCCAAAAGCAAGGACAAGUUCAAGGCGGAAAACUGCAGAGCGCUUGAAGCUCUCGAAAAUAGUAUCACCAACGGAAAGAAGAGGAGAAUCUCGUUCACCAAGUAUUUUACCACCCUCUUGGCGCAACUCAAAUCACAGCAAAAGUUUUAUCUGUACCUCCUCCAGAUCGUUUUGCCUCAUGUCCCCGAGAAGAUGAAGACAGCGGAGCAGCUGGAUGUUCUGCUGCAGUUUUACAUGAAGAACCGCAGCACGAUGGAGCCAGCUUCCCUCCGUUCCCUGAUUUCGUGCCUUACCUCCCUUUUGCUCUCCUUAGAAUGUUCAAAGGAUAUGUGGAGUCGCGGUGCAGUCAAAAAGAGUUUCCUCCUCCUCCUCAGCUUCUGCAUUCAUGAGAACGGAAAGAUCCGUCGUACUUCGCAGGACGAGUUAAUGAAAAUCGUCACGAAGCACAGCGAGGAGCAUUUUGCAGAAACAUCUGACAUGAUCGUGUCCUACCUCCGCAACCUGAAAGAACAAAUCGACGACACCAACUACAAGGAAAUCUCCCACUAUUUAGCGUUCGUCGCUCAAGCCGCUCCGUCUCUCGACCCCUCCACAUUCCCCGCCUUGCUUUCCCUUCUAAUCGAAGUCCUUCGCUCACACAAACUCGCUUACAUGGACACCAACAGCUUAAAGCCCAUCAAGCUCCUCGUCCAGAAAGGCGUGCCUCUCCCUCCCAACUCCCUCCACACCGUGCUUCAAUCCAUUCUUUCCGACCCUGCCGCUCUCUCCGCGGCGCCCGCCGACAUUUUCGAGUUCGUUUCCACGAUUCUCACGCUCUCCCAGCAGCUCGAUCUCUGCGAGAACAGCGAGAACAGCGAGUUGUUUUGCGAAGCCAUCGAAAAAGCGAUGAGCUAUCUCCAAUCCAAAGAGAGCAGCGUCGUCAGCCGCGUCGAAAGCGAUCUCGUUUCUCUGUGGAGCCACAUCGACUCGGAGUCGCUCUCCCCCGCGGGAUUCACGCGAUUGGGCGCGUUGAUGAAAGCAGAAAUGGGGAAACCGCAUAAAGAAAGCGUGCUGAAGGUGGCGAGCGCGUUCGCGGCCCGAGUGAAGCCCAGCGAAUCGGUUUGCUUGAAGCCGCUCGUGCAGUCGCUGGUGUCGAUGCGAGAACAAGGCGCCAAACUGAGCGCAGCACUUCGCAGUCAGAUGGAUGAAACGCUCGGCAGCGCGGUGGAGGCGAUGGGGCUGAAGCAGUUCGUGGAAACGACGUCGUUUAUCAAGGCGGACUCGUCGCUUCCCGACGACAAACACUACUUCCUUUUUGCCGUUUUGAAGAAUUCGCUGAUUCACAUCGCCACGUCGCUCGCUGAGUUCUUCGAUCUUUUCUCUCCCGCGGUGAAAGCAUGCGCCGCUGCGGCGUCGGAAGCGGCGAACGAGACGCAGAAGCAGCAGCUCCUGAAGGAAAUCGCGAGUAUUUGGAGCGUGUUCGCGUCGUGCUGCGUGGGAGCGAGGGACGUUUCGGAUGUGCUGCCGCGCUACCGCAAAGCGUUGCUGAAGGUAAUCAAUGAUGAAAGCAAUCUGGAGGCCGGAGUGCAACGAUGCUGGCGAUGA